AUGAGCGGAGCCAAAGCCCGCAGCGACGCGCCUGUUGCUGAAAACGUCCCCGGCGGCGGCGGCGGCGGCGGCGGCCACAGCACUGCGGCUCCUCCGCGGGACCGCAAGCCUGGCGGAGGGGUUCUGAAGAGGCUCAAGUCCCGGAGGAGCCAGGUGGACAGCAGGCCCGUCACGGAGGAGGACCUGCGGACACAGAGCGGACACAUCACGCCGGAGGAUGUGCUCGGACUGCGGGUGGCUACGCGAGGGUACCUCUGUAAACCCGAGGACAAUAUCUAUAACAUCGACUUUGUACGCUUUAAGAUCAGAGACCUGGAGACCAGCACUGUCCUGUUUGAGAUCGCCAAGCCCCCACAUACAGAGGACGAUGAGGAGAACAGAGAGGCGGACACCAGCGCAGGCCGAUUUGUACGCUACCAGUUCACCCCAGCCUUCCUGCGACUGAGGACCGUGGGAGCUACGGUGGAAUUCACAGUUGGAAACCGGCCUCUGAACAACUUCCGCAUGAUUGAGAGGCACUACUUCCGUGAUCACCUGCUGAAGAGCUUUGACUUUGACUUUGGCUUCUGUAUCCCAAACAGCCGAAACACCUGUGAGCACAUCUACGAGUUCCCUCAGCUGUCUGAGGGCCUGGUCCGUCAGAUGGUGGAGUGUCCUUAUGAGACCCGGUCGGACAGCUUCUAUUUCGUCGAGAACAGACUGGUCAUGCACAACAAGGCAGACUAUGCUUAUAAUGGGGGACAGUGAUAUCUGCCUGCUAGCAUGCAAACACACACAUGCGCACACACACACACACACACAUGUGCAUGCACAGACAUACUCACACUUCUAGAUAUACAUAUACGCAUACAUGCAUGCACAUGGCUGAGCAUACAUACAGUUCAUUCAUUCAUACAUGCACAAGCAGCUACUGAC